CAGCAGCUGUGCAGUGCAGGAGUGUCAGAGGGAGGGGGCAGGAUCAGGCCAGCACCUGCCCCUAGUACACAGGUCUCACCCUGCAGCUGCUUCCACCUGGCAGCACAGCCCCGCCUGCAGCACAACGAGAGGAAGAACUGUGAUCGCAGGUGACAAAUAUGCUGGGCUGGAUACACAUCCUCUGGGACCCCAAGCAACAUCAUACAGCCCCACUCUUCCUGCUGUGCAUGGUUCCUUUACUGUGCGCCACCAAAGAGACAACAUCUGUAACCAAACAACCGGAACAAUACUUGAAUAAUCAGGACUAUGUUGCUCUUGAGAACUUGCCAAAAACUGUUGCCAAUUCAAACAUUACGGUGAAGUAUCUGUGUACCAGACCUUGCACAGUACAUAUGGACGUAAUAGCUUCCUCGGAAUUUAGGACUGGGAUUUCUGUAAUCAAAAAGCGCUGGAAGAUCAAAAAACCUCUUCAUCAGCUAUGGACUUGUUCCGUCAAAUUGAUGUUUCCGAGCAGCAUGGUCUACAGGGAUGACUACAUCUUCAAGCACUCCAUAGACAUGUACUAUGCAGCCGUUCGAGCCUGGGUUGUACACAAUGACCAGGUAGACACAGAAUCCCGACACAAUGAAACCAUGUUUUAUGCAGUAGCAAAAACCUUUGCAGUGUUAGACACUAUUCCACCGCACCAGCGACCAUACAAAGACCAUCGGAUAUGCACAACGUGGCUUUUUAAAUAUAUGUGGAUGCAAAGAGAAAAAGAACAUUCUGUGUGUAGAUUUGAAACAGAUGUGGAUACAUUGCUGUCUAGUCCACUUGCAUCUAAUAAGGAACACAGUGGUCUUAUCAAGACAUUUCAACCAUUUAAGAACCGAGAACUGGAGAUUAGAAGACAGCAAAGUGUCAAAUAUUAUCCAAGGUUUACUCUUUCCAUCUGGAUGUAUUUGCUGGACUAUUGCAGAGCUAAAGAAUGUGGCAUUUUCCACCACAUAGAUACUAAUAACAUGUAUACAACACCACUUCUUUUUCUCACUAGUGAAGGUAAAAUUCAUGUUCAAUUGCAGCUCGCUGAUGGGAGUGUCAGUGCGAUACUGUCUACAUUUUAUCUCCCAUUGUAUCAAUGGUUCCGUCUGGACGUUACAGUUUACAGAAAAAUGAUAAUAUUAAAAACAUUACUUGGACAAGAAUUAAAAAGUCACGAAGAUCAAACAUACAGUUUGGAUGAGGACAUCUAUUUUGAUGAUACAGUCGGGUACAUGGCUCUCGGAGGCAGCAAGUAUGUGGUCGGCAUUGACGGAUUCUUCGGACCUGUGAAGUAUUAUCGGCUGAGGGCUCUGCAGAUGGAUGAGCUAUCGAACCUUCUCCCAGAACAUGAGAUAUACCAUCAGAUAGGAGAUUACUAUAGCAGGUGUAUGAAUGUAAAAGACAUAGUGCGGCUGCAUUCUGUAAUGCGUCUGGAGAACCGCAACAUGGAAACCAAGUGUGCAGCUAGGAACUAUUACAAAGACCUAUACCUAAAAUAUGGAAAUAGACCUACUUCUAAUAUGGAUCCUUGGACAAAAGAGGACCACAAUAAAUAUAGCAAUCUGUUCAGGCUGUUGAGCUCUUCCGAGUGGAUCUCCUGGGACUUUGCAAAUGAUCCAGUUGUUCAGUUUGGUAAAAAUAUAUUUGAAGUUGCAAUGAAGAAUUUAUCUUCCAGUUUUCAUCACCUCAGUGCUGUUGUUCCCACCCUGCUGGAUGCCAGCUGCAGUGGGUACCAUAAAGCAUCGUACAUGCUUGCCAUUAUGUAUGAGAUUGGUCUAGGUGUGCCUACUGAUCCAGCUCAGGCUCUGCUGUACGGUCUGGUUGCAGCACAAGGAGAGGAUAGGCUCGCUCUGCUGAAGCUUGGAUAUAAGCAUCUUCAUGGAAUUGACCAUCAUAGUUUGGAUCUAGAUAUUGCAUUUGCUUACUACAUGAAUGUUGCAAAGAAGACUCAAAAGGAUCGUUCAGCAGGACAUGCAGAACAAGCAUUUGUAGAAAUCAUAAGGCUGAUGGAUGAUGACAUAUUGAAAGAGCAGACUAGAGAAAAUGAUGACUUUUUCUUGUGGCUUAAACAGAAUGCAGAGAGAGGAGACGCAUAUGCCCAGCACAGGCUGGCACAGAUGCUUUUCUGGGGUCAGCAAGGUGUUACUAAGAACACCAGAGCAGCCAUAGAAUGGUAUGAGCGUGGAGCUCUGGAGAACCAAGAGCCAGUGUUAAUGUAUGACUAUGCUGUCCUGCUAUUUAAGGGUGAUGGUGUUACGAGGAACAUGAAACUGGCUUUGGAAUUAAUGAAGAAAUCUGCUGCUAAGGGACAAGUCGAAGCUCUGAACGGCUUGGGCUGGUAUUACCAACAUUUCAGGAAAGACUAUGUGAGGGCUGUGAAAUACUGGACAGAAGCCUAUGACAAGGGGAAUACAGAUGCAGCAUUUAAUCUCGGAGUAAUGUGUCUACACGGCACCUAUCCUGGAGAACCUGGAGCCAAUGAAACACGUGCUUUUGAAUUCAUGUCAAGAGCUUCGGAAGGCGGUCAUAUUGAAGCAUCCAUUAAUGUAGCACAAUAUUUCAUCACUGGGAAUUUGGAAAGUGUCCCAAAAAACCCAGAAACAGCAGUACUUUUGGCCAAGGCUGUCGCAGAGCAGAAUGGAAACAUUGGACUGGUCAUCCGGAAAGCUGUCAAUGCAUACCUGGAUGGGUCCAUAAAUGAGGCGUAUCUGAAUUUCAUUUUGACAGCAGAAGCCGGUGUUGAAAUGUCACAGACAAAUGCAGCAUAUCUAUGUGAGGAAUAUUCAGAUUUAGAUACCGUUCUGUUGAGUGAUAUCUGUGUCUGGAGAUACUAUAAUUUUUCAGUACACCAGCAUGAUCCUUCCACAUAUGCUUUAUUGAAGAUGGGUGAUAUGUAUUAUUAUGGUGCAAAGGAUCAGCAUAGAGAACUGGACCUGGCGAUGAAGAUGUACACACGGGCAGCAUUGCAGGGUGAUUCUCAGGGAUUUUUUAAUUUAGCACAGUUGGUGCAGGAAGGAUUUGCCAUACCCCAGUACUUUCUGCAACACUUGAAAAUUGAGACAUCUGGGAUCAGCGACAACCGCAGCCUUCUGAUAGAGCUCUAUGAAAGGUGCCAGAAUCACAGUAACGAGGAGGCUGUGAGUCCUUGCACUCUAGUGCUGCUUUACCUCCAGCUGACUGACGCUUGGCAUUCCGUGCUGCAUUCCCCUAUGAUCUAUUUUCUUGUGUUGCUCACACUGGCUGUGUUCAUAGUGCAAUCCAUAUAUGCUGUACAUGACCGUGCUGUGCAGAUCAGAAGAAAUGAGAAUGUAAACAGCUCACCGCCACAAGAUGAUACCUCCAAUGUUCCUGCACCAAGGUCUGACCAGAGAGAGCCUUCUGUCACAGCUGACUUUGCACCGCAACGUUUGGAGACCAGGAACACAGACUUGCAUAGAUGACACAGGGCAUACGGAGAUGACUCUAAAACAGAGAUUUUGUGUACAGUAUAAAGUUGUCAUUUGCUGUAAGCACUGUGUUAGUGUUAUAUAUCCAUCGUAAGUCCAAGAUUGUGGAUAGUUGAGGGCUUAGCGUUUUUUUGCUACCAAUGCUGUGAAUCUGACUACUGUAUAUGAAGGAUUAUUUUACAUGGGGGGGAUGUGAGCAUGACAGGGUAAGCAGGUUUCUAAAUGUGGGGGUGGAUGAAGUGAGUUUGUAAUGCAUACAGAACCAAAUUAUGGCAACAUUUUAGAACAAUAUAGGAGAAAUUAAAUCCUUCGACGAUGUGCUGCUGCAAUAUUUGGUGGCCAUGUCCCUGAGAGCUAACAAUAGGCGGGAUGAGGUUAUGUUACUGGCAGUCAGAAUCCCUGCGGUCAGUAUCCUAAUGCCGGAAUCCCGACUGCUUAAAAUGCCGACACGCUUGAUCCCAACAUAUAGGGUCUAUUCCCACUUGUGGGUGUCCGCGACAGUCAUAGAGUGGGAAUAUAACCUGUUUUGGGUGCAGCUUGCCACCGUGCCCACAGCGUGGCGAGAGCAGUGAGCCUGCAAGGGGCUCCAUUGCACUCGCCACCCCGUUGGCAUUCCGGCAGCAUGGAUCCCGGAGUCGGUAUGGCUGACUGCCAGGAUCCCUACCACCGGUCACGCAUACCCAACCCCAACAGGCAGCACUGCAGUAUUUCCUAUGCAGCUCUGUGGUUUGCACUUUACGGAUAUUGCAAAGAAUAAAAUUCUCCACUAUGACUUUUUUUUUUUAAUAAAUGUUUUAGUCUAUGGCAUUACUUACUAUGGGGUGGUGAGAAGCUACAGUAUGUAAUAUGGCUUUAUCAGGCUGCAGAAGAAGUCAGUAGUAAAGCCAAUAAACAAUAUCCUGUCUGGUUCAACCUAAAAGUGAAAUAAAACUCUACCACUGUGAUAA